CUCUGCAAAUGAGUCAUAUACAUGUAUAAUUGAAUUUGUAGUAUUGUGGUAACAUAUAAUACUGAGAUAUUCAGUAGGCCUAGUAAUGUAAGCCAUGUUUGCCCCUUUUGCAUCGAGUGUGCUAUCUUAAAAUUUUCGUUUUGUUACAAAAGGAGGUCGGUGAACAGAACGCAAUCAUGUCGGGUGAUGCAGUUAGUCAAUGUGCAUGUGCAGUGGAGUGCGUGCAGUGGUAGCUCUGAACUGAGUUUCAGUAAAUACCCAGCGGGUUUUUAAAAUUGAAGUUAGACAACAAGGAAGUAAAGGUGGUGUUUUGUAUCUCUUGUUAGUGAUUGGGUACAUUUUUUCUGCUGUUGAACGUGUUUGACAUGCUUUCGUGAUCUCUGAAGUUUGAUGUCAGACUGAACACUAUGUAAACAACUGAAAAGAUUACUUGAAAGAUAGACCGAGUGUGAUAACAAGGAAGAUGGACAGACAAAGCAACGGUGGCAGGCGGAAAAGUAACUCUGAAUCGGAAUCGAUGGAUCUCAAACUGAAUGAUAAGAUGGUGAAAUUCAACAUGGAUGAAAAUUUCACCGAUGAAUCUGAUGGUGGAAGUUCUGUCGGUGGAGUGAAAAGGAGGAAUGCAAGAUUUUCAAGAACAAGCCAAGACAUAGGAAAAGGAAGGCGAACAAAGUCCCUCUAUGGUGUAAUGCCAAAUUGCAAGUUUGGUCGGUGUGGAACCAUAUUGGAUGAUUCAGCAACUUGUUUGACCAUUCCAGAUCCAGGAAGUCAGAAACUAAAUUGGAACAAACCCCCCCUCACAGUCCUCAUCAUCAAAAAGAUGCACGACGAGAACGCCUUGUUUGCGUUCACCCAACUUGUGAAGUGGAUAAUUCAGGAGAAAAACAUGGUAGUGUAUGUAGAAAAGGCUGUGUUUGAUGAUGCAGUGUGUACAGGCAACCCAAUGUGUCAAGAACUUCAAAAACAAAUACAAACAUUUGAAGAAGAGAAAGAUGACUUGACCAACAAAAUUGACUUUGUGAUAUGUUUGGGAGGAGAUGGUACUUUGCUCUAUGCAUCAUCUCUCUUCCAGACCAGCAUGCCUCCGGUUAUGGCUUUCAACAUGGGAUCUUUGGGAUUUCUGACACCAUUUAGCUUUCAUGAUUACAAAGAGCAAGUCACACAAGUUCUUGAAGGAAACGCUGGAUUGCUCUUGCGAUCCAGACUGAAGUGUGUCAUAUGUAGGAAGGAUUCUCAUAUAUCCAAAAUCCCACAUGUGAAGCAAAUACAGAGAUCUCAAAGUACUGUUCAGUCCAAAUCUCAUAUGCUUGUGUUCAAUGAAGUAGUCGUAGACAGAGGGCAGUCUCCCUACCUCAGUAAUAUCGAUUUGUAUGUGGAGGGCAGGCUGGUCACCACAGUUCAGGGAGAUGGUCUCAUCAUAUCCACACCCACAGGAAGUACAGCCUACGCAGUAGCUGCAGGUGCUUCUAUGGUUCACCCUAAUGUCCCUGCAAUAGUCAUCACACCAAUCUGUCCUCACUCUCUCUCAUUCCGACCAGUUGUUGUUCCAGCAGGAGCAGAAAUAAAGAUAAUGGUCUCUCCCGAGGCUAGGAAUUCUGUUUGGGUGUCACUUGAUGGAAGAAAUAGACAAGAAAUUUUUCAAGGAGACAGUGUUCGAAUAACCACAGCUCAAUAUCCUGUUCCCUCUGUUUGUGCAAAGGAUCAGAUGGAUGACUGGUUCGAGUCACUAGCAGAAUGCCUGCACUGGAAUGUACGAAAACCUCAAAAACCCAUGCCAGGUUUAAGAGAGUCAUCCAGCACCAACAGUACAAGUGACAGUAGUUAGCAAGAGCUCUGGCACAAAGUAGAGAAACAGUAUUGUCACCAUAUUAUUCACCCUAGUGGAGUGAAUAUGUCAUCAGAGAAGAAAAUCGGAUUAGAAGACAUUUCUUACAUUCAUUUUUGAUGGAAGCAAUAUUCCUUGCACACUGCUAUGACUACUGCAGAGCUAGUAGAAGUUAGAAAGCAAUGAUAGAGCUUUUAUAUUCAUAAGAUACAAUUUCAGGAAAAUCACACCCUUUUGGUGAAGGCAUUUCAAUAUGGCACAAAUAUGAAUAUCAAUUAUUAGUAGUAGAUUCUCUGCUAACAUACCGUAUAUAGGGUAUUUUCUGUGAUAGGAGAUUUUUACAAUUCCAUCUGUAAAUGGUAGCAAAUCAUAUUCUGCGUUUCCAAUUUCUGCAGUUGCAUUAUACCUAUAUGCAUGUAUAUAUAUUUUGCGAUUGUAAUUUUUGCGGAUUUUUUUUUAUAUCCGCAAGAAAUGGAAAACCACAGAAAAUACCCACUGGGCGGUAAUAUUUAGUAUUAGAUGCUAUUAAUAAUGAAGUAUAUUCUUUUGUAUUUAGAUACAGUACAUGUUUCAUAAGCUGUGUGCAGAACAAAUGUAUUCAUUCUAAACAUGAUAUUGUAUAUUACUUCGUAAAUUUAAAUAUUCUUAUAGCAUUUUAAAAUUUCAGUUACUUUAACAGUAUUUUGUAGUUUGAUAAAUAAUGUAGGCUUUAUCUUAUGGAACAUAACAAUGGCAUUCAUGUGAUGGGCAUGGAAACGGUCCAUAACAAAGGGACCAUUUUUGUAGGACCUAAGGACUUUGAAUCUGUUCAUUUGGUCAUGAUUUAUUUUAAGUGUAUUCCACAGACUGACCUUUCUAUUUUAUUGCAAAAAUCGAAAUUUUCAUUUUUUAUACAGACGCAUAUGAUAUGGCGUCGUUCGUCUGUCUGUCCGGACCUUGUGGGCAGGAUAGAGACUGAACUGUAAGCUCCAGGAUAUUGCAACUUGGAACAUUUAAUCACCAUAAUGAGAGGAAGAUACCUAUUGUUUUUCAAGGUUAGAGGUCAAAGGUCAAGGUUGCAGUAUCACAGAAGACCUUGUAGGCAGGAUACAAACUGAAACAUAAGUUCCAAAAUAUUGCAAGUUGGUAACUUUGAUCAUCAUAAUGAGAGGAAGAUGCCCAUUACUUUUCAAGGUCAAAGUCACAGAUCACUUAGUAGGAAAGCCUUGUAGGCAGUAUUCAGACCAAACUGUUGGGGCUAGGACAGUCAAACUUGGUAAACAUACACUUUAUGCCAAAUAGAGGAUGCUAUUGUUUCUCAAGGUUAAAGGUCAAGGUCGUAGUAGCGGAUUACAGACCGAACUGUUGGGGCUAGCACCAUCAAACUUGGUACACAUCUUUUUUAUGCCAAGUGAAAAUAUUACACAGAGAGUACAUGAUUUUUCUGUUUUAACAAUGCAAAGUAAGUAUGUCACACCCUGAUGAUUGCGGAUGCUACUUGAAGCCAAGUUCUACAAAUCAUAGUGUAAGAAAAACACCCUGUAUCAGCUUUUCACGGGCGUAUUAUGUACUGUUAUAAUCUUGUUGGAGUUCAUUUUAUUUUUAAGCUUGGUGCAAGUAAAUUACUGAAAAUGAAUAUAUUAACACUGUACUUGAUUUUCGUACAUGAUAAAUUAGUACAUCUGUACAUGUAGGAAGUUGGCAGUUCUUGUAGUUGAGUUUAAGACUUUAAGUGAAGUCAUGCAUAGUAAUUAGUAUGUAUGAAGUUUAAUCACAUUUUCAUUUUGACUACUUCACACUUGCAAUUUUACAAUUUUUUAUAUUUGAUUUUAGUACAAAUCUAUAUAAUUAAUGAACAUUUGCUGUUCUUAAUAUAUGUGCUGCCAUUUAAAGGGUCUGAUUCUCGAUUUUACCCAAAAUUUUCUUUUUCACUUUUAAUGAUCAAAAUCUACUGUCCAAUGUGUUUAAAAGAAUUCACAUAAAAAUUAGGUUAUUCAUGAUCAAAGAAGCUCAUUUUAGAGAGUUUAUUCUUUGUUUUGUAAACAAAGAUUGCGGUAUGUUAUUGUUUAUGAAAUUUUCAAAAGAAAUGGAUAUCGAUCUAAGUGUAUUAUAUCUUUCAGAUUUUGAGAAUGUUUGGGGUAAAUGUGUCAUCUGAAAGUUAAAGUUUGUGACUAUACAAAAUUAAGAUGCUUUAUAUUACAAAAUCAAUAUUUUACUUGUUUGUAUACAUAAAAAGACUUGAGUCUUUGUUUACACAACACAGAUUUAAGGGUAAAAUAUUGCUUUAAUUCUUGCAUUCAGAAGGUCAAAAUUUUGGCUGUCAAUAUCAAAUGAGUUAUAGUUUUAAUGUUUACCAUCAAAAAUGAAAAAUAUUUUUAUCAAAAAUCGUGAACCAGUCCCUUUAAAGCUAUAUUCAGCAGGGUCUUUGCUGGUGGGUGAAUUUUUUAUUUCAUGUGUUCGCAAUUCAUAACUGAACUCAUUUAAAAUUUACCCAUGAUGCAAAAGUUACCAUAUUAUCUGUUGAGUACUUGAGUAUGUAGUCUGCAUGUCUGAACUGAAUGUGGUCAUUAUGACAAAUGACAACUCCAUUGGGUAUAAGCAAUCUAAAUAACAGUGAAUCUUUCCUGGUCUGCUAUUAGUACAUGAUUUUUCAGGGAUAUUGCAAUUUGAAAACAUCCACUGGGAAUAACGGUACAUGUUCGAAUAUUUAUUCUUGUAAAACAAAAAGUAGACAUAUUGCAGGUUUGGAUAGUAUUUGCACAGCUCACAAAUGAUUCACUAGGAUUCGAUGUGCAUCUGAAAUUUAUAUGUUAAUGAAGAUUGCUCCUUAUAUAAUUUUAAGUUAUAGAAUGGCGUUUUGUAUGAAAAUGCAUUGUUGCUCCACAAAGUUUGUCUCUGAUAAUGUUUUAUAUAAACAAUACUAUCAGUUUUAUUAUUUGUUAUAAAAUAAAUCAUGUAAGUAAACCUA